UUUUUACACAACAUUUUAAACCAGUUAACGACGUUAAUUAUUAGUUUUAUAACAAGUAUUUCAUUUAUUGAGUUUCAGUAACACAGAUAUACAUUUUAUAUAUUCUCUUAUGUUUGUUCGAGUCGUCUUCUAAGUAAAAACAUAGAAAUUUUAUGCAUCGAAGCCUGUCGUUCAUGUCUGGUUUACCUCCCUUAUACAUAACGAACGCUCCCUUCAACGUCCGCUUAAUUUCACUUCCUGUUUAAUGACAUUUUUUUUAUUAAAGGAGCGUUUAUCGCCUCUUUGUUUAUUAAUCACAAAAUCCUCGAGUUUACAGUUGUAGAAGUGUCAAUCUUCGCACACAUUUAACAUUUGUAAACUACUAAUUAAUAAUGAUAUGGGACUACCGUCUGAGGUCCUCUACACGUAACAACCAGAUGAAAACUGCAGAAAAUGGUAAUGGUGGGGAGAUCCAGUGGUGUUUUUCUCAAGUGAAAGGUACCAUAGAGGAAGAUAUCACUGAAGCCGACAUUAUUUCAUGUGUAGAGUUUAAUAGUGAUGGAGAACUAUUAGCCACUGGUGACAAAGGUGGACGGGUUGUCAUUUUCCAACAUGACAAAUCUAUUGAUGCUAUCAACUCAGACUCCAUGAUUGCAGAAUCGGAACCUGGAACUGCCUCCCUCAUGCCUGACAAUGUGGACAAGGAUAAUGAGUCCCCGCCAACUUUGAAUUUAGCGUGCUCGCAGAACAGUCAGUUAGCUGUACCAGUCCGCGGUGAAUAUAAUGUGUAUAGUACUUUCCAAAGCCAUGAACCUGAAUUCGACUAUCUGAAAAGUCUUGAGAUAGAAGAGAAAAUUAACAAAAUCAAAUGGCUUAGGAGAACCAACCCAGCCCACUUUUUACUUUCUACUAAUGAUAAGACAAUAAAAUUGUGGAAGGUGACAGAACGCGAUAAGCGACCGGAAGGUUACAACCUGAAAGAUGAAGGUGGUCUGUCUCGGGACUCCACCAACAUCACAGCUUUACGUGUCCCAGUAUUCAAACCUAUGGAGCUGUUAGUGGAGGCGAGUCCGCGGCGUAUUUUUGCUAAUGCUCACACUUAUCACAUCAAUUCCAUUUCUGUCAACAGUGAUCAGGAGACUUAUUUAUCAGCUGAUGACCUUAGGAUCAAUUUAUGGCAUUUAGAAGUAACUGAUCAAAGUUUCAAUAUUGUUGAUAUCAAACCUGCUAAUAUGGAGGAGUUGACAGAAGUUAUAACUGCAGCUGAAUUCCACCCAACAGAAUGCAGUCUAUUUGUAUAUAGCAGUAGUAAAGGAACUAUCAGAUUAUGUGAUAUGAGGGCACAAGCCUUGUGUGACCGACAUGCAAAACUAUUUGAAGAACCAGAAGAUCCAACAAACCGAAGCUUUUUCUCAGAAAUCAUCUCUAGUAUAUCAGAUGUAAAGUUUAGUCAUAACGGCCGAUACAUGAUAACGAGAGAUUAUCUGUCUGUAAAAGUUUGGGAUUUGCAGAUGGAUUCCCGGCCGAUAGAAACUUAUCAAGUGCACGAAUACCUCCGCAAUAAGCUUUGCUCACUAUAUGAAAAUGACUGUAUAUUUGAUAAAUUUGAAUGUGCUUGGAGUGGAGGUGACCGGUACAUUAUGACUGGUUCUUACAACAAUUUCUUUCGCAUGUUCGACAGAGAAACUAAACGUGAUAUAACUUUAGAGGCUUGCCGUGAAAAUAUGAGAACAAGGACUAUAUUAAAACCUAGGAAAGUUUGUACUGGCAGCAAGCGUAAGAAAGACGAAAUAAGCGUCGACUGUUUAGACUUUAGCAAAAAGAUUCUUCACACAGCCUGGCAUCCUUUGGAAAACAUUCUGGCUGUAGCUGCUACUAAUAAUUUGUAUAUUUUCCACAGUAAAGAUUAGCAAUUAGUGCUAUUUUUUAGUAGGAUUUUUUCCCUUUUUUUUUCCUCUCCCUCUCUUUCCUCUGUCAUAAUUUUUUUUCUCUUUCUCUCUCCCUCUCUCUUUCUCUCUCCAAAUUGAGACAAUUUUGAACUGCCAAACCAGCCAGCAACUCGAUUUUGUCUUUUUCUGAUUGACGAAAUAGUGGAAUUAUUAAGAUAAAAAAAAAAAAAGAAAAAGAAACAAACCAAAAAAAAAAAACAACCCAAAAAAA